CAGCCCUCCACCCCUCCUCUCAGGGAAACGGGUCUCAGGCUGAUGAGUAAGGCGAGGAGAACCCGUAAAGCUGCUGCAUCUGAAGCUACAGAGCCAUGGAGGGAAGGAUCCAGUGUCAAAUGAGGGGACACUGCGAUUCCCCCCUGCAACCUGUGCUCAUUUUGGGUCUCCAGUGGAUCAAAUACACUUUCUUACCUUAAAAAUCGUGAAUUAUCUAAAAGCAUACACAGACUUUCAUGCACAUCGCCUGAAAUUCAUCUCUUAGGGUCUGUGCUUUCUGCAUCCUUGUAUUGUGGGUGCAGUUCCUCCGUCCACCCGCAUGGAGGCGCCGCAGGCUUCUCCUGACAGCAGCAGUGAGGAGUGUACUGUACUAGAGGCUCUGCCUGGCAAGGGAACUGCACUCAUUUGCUCUCAACACAAAGGAAAAGUGUCUGCGCUGUACUGUUUGGUGUGUGAGAACGCAGUCUGUGAAGACUGUAUGAACGGAGAACACGCUGAACAUCCCACCGAUUCACUGGAGAAAGCUGUGGAUCAACAACUAGCGGCACUGCAGGACAAAGUGGAUUCAGCCAAGAACAGGCUCCCACAGAUCAGAGAAGCUGUUCGGUAUAUGAGAGAGAUCCUGCUGCAGUUGAACUCUCAGCGGAGCUCCAUCGAGGAGGACAUUCACUCAUCCUUCAGCGAACUGCACAAAACCCUCGACACCAGGAAGAGCGUCCUGCUGAUGGAGCUGGAGGUCACGUACGGACUCAAGCAAAAAGUCCUGCAGGCUCAGUUAGACACUCUCCUCCAGGAAGAAUCUGCCAUCAACUACAACUGCAGCCUGACCAGCGAAGCUCUGGACGGAGGAAGCAAAGCCUCUGUCCUGCAGGCCCAUAAAGAGGCAGGAGAGCGGCUCGGUGACCUGUCCAGCCAGGGCCUUCCUCUCCAGCCCGAGGAGAACGACCAGCUCGACCUCAUGAUGGAGAUCGAAGGCCUGCGCAAGUCCAUUCACAACCUGGGCACCAUUGUCACCACCAACGCCGUGGCCAGCCAAACCGAGGCAUCCGGAGAUGGUCUGGAGCAAUGCAUCGUGGGUCAGCCGGCAUCCGUCAUCAUAACCACAAGAGACAAAGCAGGAGGAUUGUGCAAGACGGGAAACGCUAUCAUCUCAGCAGAAGUUUACACACCGGACGGAAGCAUCGCAGACGGAGAAAUCGUGGACCUGAAAAACGGAACGUAUGAAUUUCAAUACACGGUGAAGAAAGAAGGCAACUUCAGUCUGGCGCUGAGACUUUACGAUCAGCAUAUUAAAGGAAGCCCGUUUCAGCUGAAGGUGAGCAGUUCUCCUGACGAUUCUCCCACGACCACCACCGCAGCCAACGCGGCGUCCACUGGCUCCAGUGAUGGAGGAGCGAGGAAGAGGAGUGCCAAAUCUCCAGGGAGCCGCAGUCGGCAGAAGGGCGUCAGACGAGGAGGAAGCUUGUUCAGCACGCCCAAAAAAAGGGUGAACCCCAUCGAGGACGACCUCAUUUUUAGAAUAGGAACAAAAGGGAGGAAUAAAGGAGAGUUCACUAACCUUCAAGGAGUCGCAGCUUGUUCAGAGGGAAGAAUCUUAAUUGCUGACAGUAACAAUCAGUGUGUGCAGAUAUUUUCGAACACGGGUGAGUUUCAGAGCCGGUUCGGGGUGCGCGGCCGUUCACCGGGUCAACUACAGCGGCCCACUGGAGUAGCUGUACAUCCCAACGGGGACAUCAUUAUCGCUGACUAUGACAAUAAGUGGGUUAGCAUCUUCUCCAGCGAAGGCAAAUACAAGGCUAAGCUGGGCUCAGGAAGGCUGAUGGGGCCGAAGGGGGUUUCUGUAGAUCAGAACGGUCAUGUUAUUGUUGUGGACAACAAGGCCUGCACGGUUUUCAUCUUCCAGCCCAGCGGGAAACUCAUCACUAAAUUUGGCAGCAGGGGAAACGGAGACAGACAGUUUGCAGGCCCACACUUUGCUGCAGUGAACAACAAUAAUGAAAUCAUCAUCACAGACUUUCAUAACCACUCUGUUAAGGUAUUUAAUGCAGAUGGGGAAUUCUUGCUUAAGUUUGGCUCAAAUGGUGAAGGAAACGGCCAGUUUAAUGCUCCUACUGGCGUUGCUGUGGAUGUCAAUGGGAACAUCAUUGUGGCUGACUGGGGAAACAGUCGCAUACAGGUGUUUGACGGGAGUGGGUCAUUCCUGUCCUACAUCAACACGGCAGCGGACCCUCUUUACGGGCCGCAGGGUCUGGCUUUAACCUCAGACGGUCAUGUAGUGGUAGCUGAUUCUGGAAACCACUGCUUCAAAGUCUACCGUUACCUGCAAUGACUACAGAGAGAAGCAGAACCACCCCGUACAUGUCCAAAUCUCGCACUUAAUCUCAUUUAAUGGUGUUCGCCCUCCUUUUUGUACCCCUUACCGCUGUCCGAUGACUCUCUGAGAAGACUAAAGCUUGAUUAUGGGAUGCCUUGGAUUGCCUUUGCCAAAGCUCCACACUGAUACACUGUGGAAACAUGGAGACGUCUGAAUGAAGCUGAAAUCUCUGCUCUUCUGUGCUGCAUGUGGAGUCGUGCAUGCGCCGUCCCCUACAGUCUCUGCUCUUAACAACACUUUCAUCAACUAUUGGAGGAGGAUGUGUUUUAGAGACGCUCGUAACUAAUGCAGCCAAGAGAGCAGAUGGAUAUUUCUCACUGUCUACAAGCUUUAGCAUUCCCUUUAUCACCGUUUGGCUCCGUCGUUCAUGGAUAUUAUGGUUGACUAAUACACUAAAAGAUUGAAAUAAUUAUGAUUUUGAGUUUUAUUUAAUUAUUAUAAGUUAUCUGCUGUAAUAAUAUCUUAAUGUCAUUUAUUAUUGUAAUUUGAAGCUGAAUUUUCAGCAUUACUGCAGUCUUCAAUGUCACAAGAUCCUUUAGAAAUCAGUUCAGUGCUGAAAUAUUACAUAUAUUAUUAUUAUUUUUAUUAUUACUAUUAUUAUUAUUAUUUCUUUAAAAA